CAUACCCCACAUCUAUCUGGCUUGAUUACAGGAGUACUCCUCUUAUCAGCGACUUCGAUAUUAAGAUUUCUUUGUUACAUUUGCAACUUUACAAGUAACGCUAAACGCUGAGUAGCGUGCACAUCUUAUUCGUGCUCACCAGCCGCUGCUGAGUAGAGUUCGUAGUUGAGAGAGGUUCUGAUGUGUUUUUGCAAAAUGACUAUGUUAACAACAGGCGUUUGGCUGCAGCCAGCAGGGACCGGUAACAUAGCUGGAUCUGCGCGAAUUUUCGCUAAACGAAUAUAAAACCAGCGGUCGCGAAUAUUUGCCCAGUCGUCGAUUGUUUUCAGUGAACCGAGUGCGCAAAGCGAUUUCCAAUCGAGCAAAAUCAAUUUACGCUAAAAUGUUCUGUUAAAUAAUUAAAUGUGUACGAAUAGACAUAAGCACAACUAAGUUAAUUUGCUAAAUUAAAAGGACAUUCAAAAGCUUUCACGCUGCUAUCCACAUCAUUAGAGGUUCUAAAGUUCAAAGUGUAUUCAAAUGCCGGUAUAAUCGCGUAGUCGCGGGAGCGUGCGCGCAUAAAUUCGUGUGCCAGACAAAAGAAUCGUAUUGUGCAAAUGCUAAUCGUUUAAAUUUAAAAUAAACAAACAAAAAUCUUAAAAAAUUAAAUUUUCGAAAUUUUUCGUAUUCAUUAAUGUCGUUGUGUGUGCCACAGUGAUUUAGUGUUCUGACUCUUUGACGCAUCAGCACAUAGUGUAAUCACCAAAAAUCAGCGAUAACGUGAGAAUAGCUAAAAUAGCAAAAUAAAUAAGAAAAACGCUAGCAAAACAAACCGUGCUGACAUCGAAUUUGAAUAAAAUACAGCCGCAGAAUAAAUAAAUAUACAUAACAAAAUGGAAAUACAGAAUUUGCACGAGCCAACAAUGUUGGGAAAGAAACGGGAUUUCGCGAAAAAAGACGCGAUUAUCCUUGAGGCGCGGUACACGUUGUCUGAUCUUUACCCAAUACGAAGGCUAACGCAAAAAAUGGAUAAUGUACUGAAUGUAGCCGGCAUAACACAACCCAACCCUCCAGCUUCAACUCCAUAUACAGUGGGGCUCAUUACCGAGAAGGAUAAAGAGGCGGUGCUGGCAAUGCUUCGGAAAUUUUUCUUCAAG